GGUUGCGUAACUUUUUGACAUUUGACAACAAUCACAAAAUAAAAUGUUUAAAAAACGCUAAAAUCGGUUAAUUACCACAUAAACACGAUGGCUGCAGUGUUGAAAAAACGCGCUUUGGCCGAAUUCACCCAAACAAUCCAGGAAACUGUUCCUUUCCAACCGAUUAAAAAACUCAAACUUGUCAAGAAGCCUUCCACAGGCACCGGGAACUCGUCUUUGGCACUUAUUAGUUGUCUUGAAGGUUGCAAAAGCAGUAGCGAAGCCCUACGAACUUUGCUUCGUGUCUCUGAUACUUUCGAGCUUGAGGCUUCAGAUAUUCCCGAAGCAGUUAAAAAACUGAGCGAUCAUUUUAAGAAUGAGCCAGAGUCGGCCGUUAGAGUAAAAAUUUUGUCACUUUUGUGCGACAUUGGGCAUCUACCCAACGCUGAUGUUGUGUCCAUUAUUGACGAGACGAUUUUGUUGCUUAAAAAUGACCAUUCACAUAAAGUUAUCGCUCAGGGGAUGAAUACCGUGCUUAAAUUAGGGAAGCUGGUCUCUGAUAAUGUCAUCGCUUUGCAUCAGAAACUGGUAGAAGUGGCGAAAAGUUACUUGAAAGAUGUCAGUCAUGCUGUCAAGAGGAAAUGUCUAGAGAUCAUUGGCGUGCAUACGCCGGUUUGUACGGGGGCAGAGGCGGAGAAAUUAAUGGUUUUGAUUAGUUCGUACUUUAACCACGACGACGCCAGGGUGCGUAGUCAGGCUUUUUCGACGAUUAUCACCCUACAUGAGCGCAAUUUUAAAAUAAAUCCGGACAUUUAUAUAGAUGUUUGCGAUGCCUUAAAGGACGACUACGAAAUUGUCCGUCAAGUCGUUCUCAAGUUAGUGUGUCUUUUGGGCAACACGUUUCCGGAAAAUGAGGUUGUACUUCCGGGAAGUGAACACGAAAUCCGUCUCAUAGACGACGCUUUCGGUAAAGUUUGCAACUCGAUUUCUGAUUUAUCAAUCCAUGUUCGAACCUUGGCGGCUAAACUAUUGGGAACGAUGAAACAAGUCAGUGCGAAAUUUCUCAACCAAACUCUUGAUAAAAAAUUAAUGUCUAAUAUGAGGCGCAAAAGGACGGCUCAUGAGUUGGCUUGGGAAAAUGUAACGAGUGGAGAAUGGGCGAGUGGGAAAAAAUGGGCCGAUGACGCCCCCAGGGAAAUCCUCGACGCUGACAGCAUCAAUUUGAUGAGCAGUGGGGCGUGUGGGGCCUUCGUGCACGGCUUGGAGGACGAGUUUAUGGAGGUGCGUUCCGCCGCCGUCGAAUCACUCUGCGAGCUCUCCAUUCGCAACCCCCAAUUCGCAAAUUUAUCCCUCGACUUCCUGGUCGAUAUGUUCAACGACGAAAUCGAGGAUGUGAGACUCAAAGCCAUUGAUAGUUUACGCCGAAUAUCCGAACACAUUAUUCUAAGAGACGACCAGUUGGAGACCAUCUUAGGGGCCCUUGAGGACUUUUCGCAGGAUGUCCGAGAGGGCCUCCACCACAUGUUGGCAUCGUGUAAAAUGUCAACAACAGCCGGGCUCAAAAUGUGCGUUGAAAAACUAUUAGAUAAUCUCAAAAAAUAUCCGCAAGAUAAGCGAUCGACCUAUCGGUGUUUACAACGGGUGGGGGCACAGCACCCCGAAUUGGUGCUCCCUCUAGUGCCACAAUUGUUAAACAUACACCCGUUUUUCGAUACUGCUGAACCGGACGUGGAAAAUCCGCAAUAUAUUUGCGUCCUGAUUUUGAUUUUAAAUGCGGCAAAGUUUUCACCUACUAUAAUCCCACUUCUGGAACCCCACACCUUACGUCAUUAUGCGUACAUAAGUGACACAAUGCCGUCCCUAGUUCCGGUUUUAAGUCUCCCGGAAUCGAGUUGUAACACAAUUAGCAGACCACAAACGGUCCCGGAAAGUCUGGAGUUUCUUAACAAUGUUAUAAGCAACUUAGAUUUGGCCGAAAAUACAUUACGAGUUCAGACGACACUUUUACAAACCGCUAAAGAACACUUGAACCGUUUGAGUGAAAUUGACUCGUCGGUCGCAGGGACGGCUCAAUUCACAUCGCUUUACAUUGGGGCCCAAUUAAUAAUGUCCCAGAUAUUGGAAAAGGGUUAUUGGUUAAACCCGGGUACUUUGGCCACCCAACAGGCCAACAACCUCAAAACUAACAUAACAAACCUUCUGGAGUAUUGUCUCAAGUUGCAGUUUUUCUUCGUAGGGCUUAGCCCUGUGGAGGAAUGUGCCGUGAAAAUGUUCCGCCUGCGGGCCCUAGCCCUUAAUUUAGUCUACAUAGUUAAAGGGAGCAACUCCUCAGCUUUAGCCCCCUGCCACCACUUCCUCACCAUCGUCGAAGACAUGCAGAGGGACCUACAAGUUGCAGGUCUAGACCCUGACGCGUUCACGUCAGCCGUUUUCAAAGAACUAUCAGUCUUGGAGGAACCCAAACCGGGAACAGUGUCCCGAAUUUUAAUCCCGAUCCUCUCGGAAGCCCGAUUGGGUAAAAUCCCGCGUCCCAACGUCCAAAUUCGGAUGAGUUCGGCCGAGAUCGUGGAACCCAACGGCCAGACUGACACCUCGUUGAAAUUCACCGCGGGGUUGGUGAUGUCGGUGCAUUUUGAUGCCGAGUUAAGACACUUGAUUGACCCUUCAAGGGUCAGGUUGAAAGUGAAAUAUCCGGAUCAGAAAACGCAAAUUAUUCUACCAAGGCCGGCUCACAUGAAACCGUUGUUUGUUGACGGGGAGGAUGCGCAAGCGGGGCAUAAUGUGAGGCUGCUUACGUCGGUGCUGAUUUCGCACCAAGUGUGGUCAGAGGCGUGCAACGUGGAAAUUAAUGUGGCCUUGGCCAUUCCGGAAGCGGAUAUCGGGAAACGGAAGGCCAAUGUGAGCGCCACGCCGACCUUGAUUGACCUAUGCAAGCCGGUGAAGGUCAGCGUCGCACCCAAACCGAUCAAAAGGACCCUAUAAUUUUUGUAAAUAUUUUUUGUAAUAAUAAAUAAUAAUAAUUUA